UUACACUCCAUUUCCGCCCGGCAUUGAGGAGAGACGCGUCGUCAUUGUGGUUUCUGAAAUUGAAAUCAAUUGGUGGAUACAUCAAAAACAAAUAAAAUGGCUUUGCCACGAGUUUACUUGGAUGUUUCCGCUGAUGGAUCAAACCUUGGAAGAAUUGUCAUUGAGUUAAGGACAGAUGUUACUCCUAAGACCUGUGAAAACUUCCGCGCCCUGUGCACGGGCGAGAAGGGAUUCGGCUACAAGGGAUCCACCUUCCACCGUGUGAUUCCCAACUUCAUGUUGCAAGGAGGUGACUUCACCAACCAUAAUGGCACUGGUGGGAAGUCCAUCUACGGUGAGAAGUUUGCUGAUGAGAACUUCGUCCUGAAGCACACCGGCCCUGGUGUCAUGUCUAUGGCCAAUGCUGGGCCCAACACCAAUGGCUCCCAGUUCUUCAUCACCACUGUCAAGACUUCUUGGCUGGACGGCAGACACGUCGUCUUUGGAAACGUUGUUGAAGGCAUGGAUAUUGUGAAGCAAGUAGAAGCCUUCGGCUCCCAAUCUGGCAAGCCAUCGAAGAAGGUUGUCAUCACUGACUGCGGACAACUCUCUUAAUUUAUUUGUAAUUUUAAAGUAUAAUGCAAUAUUUUAAGUUUAACACUAUGUCCUCCCAUGUAAUACCUUCCCAGUUGUAAAAGAACAUUUAUCGAGUUAACUAUGGGUCAUUCCAAUUAUGCUGUUAAAUUUUAUGCUAAUGUUAGGUCUCAAACUAGGAAUUGCAUUUAUUUCUUGCAUUAUGUAUUUGUAAUAAAUUAACUUAAUAUAGUACUUUUGUAUAUUUAUUAUCAGCCAUUUGAAAUUGAAACAUAAGUAAAGACCUUGAGGUUUGCUAGAGAAGAUCUGGAUUAUUCUGCCAUUGACAACAUCAUCAAAUAACGAAACUGGGUAGUUUCUUUUGCUUGUGAUUAAUAUAUUUUUGAAAUUGAA